CAGCGGUGGAGGUCUCCGCCGCGCGGCGGCAGCGGUGCCCACAGGCGCAGCGAGCGUCCGUCCAGCUCGCACCGCAGGCGGCCGCCGCAGCCUCCGUGUGCUCGGAGAGGAGACGCCGGAACACGGCAGCACCUCCCCGCCCCCGAAGCAGGUCGUGAGCCGCUCUUGUCUCCUGCCCCGACAUGUCCUCCGCCGUCACAGAGACAGAGGAGUCGGCGCGCGGCUCCCCGCUGACCCCGCUGAAGCUGGUGGGGCUGGUGUGCGUCUUCCUGGCGCUCUGCCUGGACGUUGGAGCCGUGAUGAGUCCGGCGUGGGUGACCGCGGACGACCAGUACUACCUGUCCCUGUGGGAGUCCUGCUGGAAGCCCGCGAGCUUCGAGAACUGGCAGUGCAGCAGCACGCUGGGCUCAG